GUUAUUUUGUUUUAUUUUAUUUAAGUUUUUGAUGUUGGGUAUAAGGGAGAUUUGGAAAUUUGUUUGCGGUGGACCACAGCCCAAUAGCGUAACCUAAAAAUAAAGCAGGCCAUGAAGUAACCAAUAGGAAGGCGUCGAUAGGGAUUAACUUUAGGCGGACUCUUCAAACGUAGACUUCACAAUCACAUCAGCUGAUGAGGCACCUUUUUAAUUUACAACGUAUAUUUUUGUAGCACGGCCUAAAAUGAACAUGAAAUACUGAUUAGAAAAGUUGGUAGUGAGCCAGCGGGGAGUGUUGGAGGAGAGGUAUGGGCCCGAUUUCAUUGGAAAUGAGCGAGAAAUUGACUGAGGAGAGGAUGCAGCAGGAAUGUCCAGCAGAGGCGAGACCCCAAAAUCUUGCACAGAAAGUGAAGAAGACUAUGAUCACAUCAAAGAGGAUGGAAUUGUGGGAACAGCUGCAGAAAGCAUUGUCUUUGGCAGUGAAAUACAAAGCAAAGGUUUUAGAGACAGGAGAUGGUUUGAAGAGGGUCAGUCCAUCCCAGCGUGACUCUUCUGUGAACAGACUGCGCUGUCUGCAUAAGUUCUAUGACUUCAGUCCUGAAACUCUGGCUUUGGCUGUCAAUCUACUGGACAGAUUCCUGGGGAAAGUGAAAGCACACCCUAAAUACCUCCACUGCAUCACGACUAGCUGUUAUUACAUUGCUAUCAAAGUAUUGGAGGAGUCCCAGGACAUUCCUUCCUCUACGGGCCUGAUAUACAUGAGUCAAAGUGGCUGCACUGUGAAAGAUCUCAUUCGCAUGGAAGGCAUCAUCCUAGGUAAACUCGGCUGGAAUCUACAUGCCUCUAACUCUCUUACCAUUUUGGCAAGGUUGUUUGAUAUAUUAGCUGAGAGAUUUCCAGAUCAUCUAGAUAAUGUGCUCUUACAUAUGGUGAUUGCCAGAUUAGAAGUUUGCAUGGGUUACUUCCAGCUUAUAAAACAUCAGGCUGCCACCACAGCCCUGUCUGUGCUAAGUUGUGUUCUAGAGGAAACCCAGAUAGAACCAAAGGAUCUCUGGGCAGCUGUGAUAGAACUGCAGAUAUACUGCCAUAUAAGUGACUGUGAUUUUAUACACUGCCGUGGCUUGGUAGCAGAUUACUUGGACCUGUACUACAGCUGUCCCCCUACUACCCCCUUGUGGCGUAUAUCUCACAAAUCACAUUCCUUUGACAAAAGGAGACCAGGUACUUAUUCUUACACUGACCUUCCAAAUAUCACAGAGGGGGACAGCGAAACAGAGGGAGCAACUGAGUCAGGGGAUAUUGAAGUAGAGGGAACCAGUGCGUCAGAGGACAGUGAAGUAGCUGCUGAGGAGGAGAAGGAAGAAGGUUGCCUCACUGGGGACAGUGGGAUGGAAUGUGAAGGGUCCACAGACACCAGUUUCAGUGAAUCAAACAGUGCACAAGAGAACUAUGAACAAAACAGUGAAAAAUACUUCCAGAUUUCCAAGUUAACCUCCAAGCUGCAGACCUUGCCUGGCUCUCUAUCUCAGUCACGUUUGUAGCCAGAACUGGCAACUCAAAACGGACAGUGACUUAAAGAUAAAUGUGUAGAAACAGGAAAUGAGUUUUGUGGUAGUUUUUAAUUUGGAACUGGAACCAUUUUAAUAUUAUGAGCAACUACAAGUUACCUUUUGGUGUCAGUUUUAAAGAGCCAUUGUUUGUUAAACUUGAGGUAUUUUCAGUUCCCCCACAGUUUAACUGAUGCUGUGUAUUCACUUGAGAGUGACUUUACUGUGUUAUAGGCAGAAAAGAAAAUUGACCUUUUUAUGUGAAGAAAACUUACCAAUACAAGUACUUACAGGGACAGCAGGUUAAAGAGUGUGCACCUGCCAUUUCAUUUGUCAUAGUAUAGCUACAUGUGAAGUUUUGGCAGUUUGGGAGGCAUCUUAGGUAAUAUUGUCUGAAUUUGUCUAAUUUCCUUUUAAGAUAGCCUGUAUUUAUCAAGUAAAAUGCAAGUAACACCAAGUCAAUAAUUUGGGGUGGGGGUGAUUUUUUUUCUAAUUCCAUGGAUUUAUGAUUAUUAUUUGUUCACAAUCACAUUUAUGAGCAUUUUUUAAUUUGGAAAAUUCUGGCUUAGUUCAAGUGCAGUAGAAUCAUCUGUACGGCUAAUAUACAGGUCAAACUUUUAUGCAUUGUUACUAGAACAUGGUAGACUUUAUUAUCCACAACUAUAUUGGAUAUUGUCUAGUCUUCUACAUUACACAGCUAAUGAUGAGUAGUUUUAAGGCUUUAAAUGUCAAACAUUGCUGUAGUUUUAAUUUUAAUUGGGACCAAUUUCUUUGAUGUAGCAAAUUGUUAUGUUUGUAGUCUUAAUAUCCUCAUUAUUUUCAGCAUUGUAAAUGUAUUUUUAUUGUAAACAUUUUAAGUGGCCUUCAUAAUUGAUGGGCCAGCAAAAACCAGCUGUGUUCAAAUUAAAUUAUAUUUUAUAACUAAAUAUAGAAGUUUUAGAUUUUGUAUUGUAAAUAUAAGGUAUUCAGAAUAUUGCAUUUAUGACUUCUUUGCUUUCAUGCCAUAUAUAUAUCCUCUCAGGUAGGGCUGUUUGGUAUAAUAUUAUGUUAUACAUCAUUCUGGUUAAAAGUUAGAUUGUCAUGAUAGCAAUAAAGAAUUUCUGUCAAAUGUUGGUCAACAGAAAAAUGUAUGGCCAUUCAGCCUCUGUUAAGCACUGCAUGUGCAGAGAGGUGUUCAUGGGAUUUUUUAAAUUAUAUUUGAUUGUACAUAUUUGUAACAAGCUCAGUAAGAUUGGAGGAGUUGUGCUGUUUUUGUAUUGAAUGCAUGUAGACCUAAUGUGUUUUGUGUAUUUUUAUCAUAAAUAACGCUGAUUUUGCAUAAAUAAUGCUGAUUUUGUAUGACAUUGGUUUUAUAUAAUCUGUAUGUUUUAUUUGUAUCAAACUUCUAAUAUAAAGACAUGAAGGCUAAAUUAUUGUAAAUUCUCUCAGAUUAAAAAAGCAAAUAUCUGACCACUGCUGAGUA